CCGGCCCCGGCCCCGGCCGCGCCGCCAUGAGCCCCCCGGAGCCGCCGGAGCCGCCGGGCCGCGGCAUGCGGUUUGCGGAGAGCCAGCUGCGGCGGCACGGCUGGAAGCGAGGCAAAGGGCUGGGGAAGCGGGAGGACGGCAUCGCCGAAGCCAUCAAGGUGAAAGUGAAGUGCGACGCCACCGGGGUGGGCCACGACCCGGCGGAGCAGUUCUCCUUCCACUGGUGGGACCACGUCUUCAACAAGUCGGCUGCCAACAUUGCUGUGGAGACUGGGCAGGACGGCGUCUCCGUGAAGACGCUCUCCGAGCAGGACGCCGAGAUCAGCAACAAGAAGCCGCGCAAGGCCUGCAAGGCCGACGGCAUGCUCUAUGGCCGCUUCGUGAAGGCGGCCACGCUCACGGCAUGCGGGGAGGAGGCUGCAAGGCUGCCUGCUGCCUCGGAGAGCAGCGAGGAGGAGGAGGAGAAGCUGGACCUCUCCUCCGCCAGGAGGCUGACAGACGAGGAGCUGAUCCAAGCCUGUGGGGGCCGCACGGCGCACAAAGGUGCCCGGCACGGUGUCACCAUGAGCGCCAAGCUGGCCCGCCUGGAAGAGCAGGAACGAGCCUUCCUGGCUGCGUACAGGCAGAAAAAGGGGCUGCUGGAGACCCCGGAGAGCAGCCCCCCAGCAGAGAGGCAAAAGAAAGCGAAAAAGAAGAAAAAGAAACAGUCUAAAGACAGAGCUGACCCCGAGGCUGAGCAGAGCCAGGAGCCGAGCGGGGAAGAGAACACAGUAGAAGAGGAGAAGAUCACAAAGAGAAAGAAGAAGAAGAAGCAGCACAAAGAAUUAGCUGAGAGAGGAGAGAGCGAGACAGAGGCACCUCUAGGAGAGGCAGAUGAGGCAGACCACGCUGGGCACAGCCCCAAGAAGAAGAGGAAGAGGAGGCACCGGGAGGCAGAGUGAACGGAUGCCGGGGUUGCCAUGCUGCGGAGCUGCUGGUGCUCUCUGGCUGGGAAGGACCUGAUCCGGCCCGUGGCACUUGCUGGUGCUGGUGGGAGUCUGGGGGUGCUCCAGGUGGGGCCCUGCACCAUGGAUGAGCCCUGUGCUUGCUGCCUGGUGCUGUUCGUGGGUGCUGGCUGGUCUGGAGCUGAUACGGGGGGGACGCACCGGCUUUGUUUCACCCACUUGAACCUUCCUCCCAUCAAGGGCGACCCUGGUCCUCACCAGGCCUUGGGCUUCUCCCCUUUGGCGUGGGCUGCACGGGCCCAUCGCAGAGGGACGCGAGGGGACAGACACAGCAGAGUAUUGCUAUUUUUGAAGAACAUCAAUAAAUUUUUAUUGCAGAGAAACAA